AACGAAAGCACAGAAUCAUUACCAAGCCAGACCUCGAGGAGUGUAGACGUGUUUCUCGUUACCUAAGCUCAGUCGAGAGUUCUCGUGUCGCUUUACUUUCUCUCUUACACAUUUGAUACAUAUACACGUGUGAUAGUCGCGCCAAAGAGGACAGUCGCGAGACGCAACGUGUUGUACUCUGUACGUGCGUGAGAAUUGAACGAAACGAAAGGACGAAGGGAAAGGAGAGAAAACAGAUCGUUUCCCUGCUUUCUUCCCUCUCGCGCGGAUAUUCCGUUUGUGCUCGUAUAAGAGGAAAGCGAAUUUACGUUUUUGUCAAUAAACUUUCAGUGCAUCGUGUGUAUCUUUCGAUCAGAGAACAUUGAACUUUGUGCCAUCGUCCCGUGGGACGUUUUCGAACUGUCAUCGGUGCUUUUCAGUGCAAACUAUCGAACGAGCGAUCGCACCGCCGUCUAUCACAGUCUUCGAUAAUUGUAGUGAAUCUCGAUCAUCCGUUUAACGGUGUUCGAUAAUCGAUUCGAGUUCGGCCACGAACAAUUUUCCACCCAUGGAAAGUGAUCCAUUCGAGGAUCCACCUUAUAGGCGUUUCAGAAGACGUAAUUAAGAAAUACGCGUCGAUCGUGUGCUCAUUCGUUUCAAUCGAUCGUCGUUGAUCCGUGAAUAACAAUUUUCGUCAACUUUUGUUGGCGUAGUGUUAUACAUUGACCACGUGCGUUUUCUCUAUCGGAUAAUCGGUGACGACAAUAGUCUUUGUGGCGACGAACAUUGAGCGUGCGCCGUCGAAACCUAAAGUCACGUGUGUCGCCACGAAAAUACAUUUUGUGUAGAAUCGGGAGCUAACGUGCUCGCGAUCCCUUGACUCUUAAAAUCUUCAAAUCACAAAUCGAUUCUGUGCGUGCGAGAAGCGAAGAAUAGAAAUAAUUAAAAAGAUCGAUAAAGUGGUAGUGUUUGAUUGGCGGACUUUGGUUCGAUUACAGUGUCGACGAGAAGAGAGCAGUAAUUCAAGAGUUGCAUCUGCCAAUCGUCAAGAAAUGGCGAUUCCAUUCGCUCUGCCUUCCGACGACGAAGCGGAAACUCAGACACAGCAGCUGGAGCAAUUGAUGCUCGAUCUAUACGCUGCUCUGCAACAGGUACUUCGAAGCAGGACAGCACAGCAUCCGUCAUCACGAAAUCAUCGGUUGCCACGACGAAGCGGUGACGACCGACAACUGGUGGUCCUGGUGGACUCUGAUCUGUCCCGAUUGCCGCUGCCCGAUCUUGUCCUGUCCGCCGUGGAACAACUUCCGCCUCCGACGCCCCAGGUGACGGUGUCCGCGCCCAGCAGCCCGACCAGGGACGCGGCAUUCCAGUUUCCGGAGUGCAGCGGGGACGAGAACGGUGCGGCACCGGUGCCGAGCCCGAGGCCACGGCCGCGAAGACGCAGGCUCGCCUCGGAGGGUGGUGGCGCUACUAUGAAGAAAGGGCCCGCCACAGAGCGAAUCUGCAAGAAAUGCUGCGGCCACUUGGGACAGGCCUUCAACGAGAGCCAGUGGGCGAGCGUAGGCGCCAACCUCAGGAACAUCGCCGACGACUUUCAUGCGUCACAGACCAAGGCCGCCGAGAUCGAAAAGUCCCGACUGCCCGCGAUGGACCCGAGCUUCGCAGAUUCCAACAACACGAGCGGCUCAACCGACAGUAUCCUGUCGCUGCUGAUCCCGGCCCCCCUCCGCGAGACUCUGUGGACGACAGUGGCCUUGUACCUCGGAUGGAGGCUGGUCUCCCGUCUUCGAUAGACGCGACGGAAUCGUCGUUGCGUCGACGCCACGACGAUCGACCACGAUGCCUCGAGAACGUUAAGAAUCAUCAUCACCGACGCUUGGAACCGACCCAACAGGGACAGCCAGUUAGCCAGCGAGCCGUCACUUGGUAAACCAGCGACUGGUCCUCCUCCUUGGCCCUUUGCACGCCGCACGAACCGACGGACGCCGCGCCCGUCCGUUUCCAACGUUUCGAACCAGCACACGGAAUCCUUCUUGCUGGACGACUCCUGCAGCAACGUCGAACGCGAUCCUCUGUUCUCGCGCCAACAUCUGUUCUCCGUGCACGCGCGUCCCUCGCCGCGCGCGAUCGAGAAUGCGCUCGCAUCGCGCACCCUUCGCUCCUUCGACGCGGAUCCGUCGCGCCUCGAGGACGAGGACGAGGAUUCGAGGGAGGAGGAAGAGGAGGAACUCGUGGGACGCGACGAAUACGAAGGUAUAGAUAGCGGGAUUGACGAGGAGGAGCAGGAGGAGAUGGAGGAGGAGAUGGAGGAGGAGGAGGAGGAGGAGGACGACGAGGGUGGAGCUUGUCAACUCGUUACUCGUCGUGAAGUCAGAGUUACCUGAGGCCAAGUACCAUUUCACGUUUGUCCGAUGGUUGGUCGUUCGGUGAUGGCCGAUGUAAAAGGAUGGCUCGAUGUCGUGUCCACGUACCGGUAACUCUGGCUCAACGACGAUCAAAGAGUCGCGUCCGGAAUAUAUUUCUCGUUUCCUUUUUUUUUUCUCUUCUUUUUUUUUCUUUCUUUUUAUUUUUUUAUUUUUUUUUUUUUUCCUCGUUCUUCGUCGGCCUCGACUCGCGUAGUUAGUAUUCCUCGCUCGAGAGUGAGUCCAUCCUUCCCGGCCGAGCGAUCGUCGCGCGCGAUCGAUUCGACGGGCAAGGAUCGAUUUCCAGGUGCAUUCUCUCUCUCUCUCUCUCUCUCUCGCCCCCGCGGCGGCGCGAUCGACGCGUGAUCAUCAACGAGCAGAGGGGAAUCGUUUGCGAGACGAGUUCGUUCGUCUUCCGGUUUUCGUUGCAUGCACGAGUAGGAAAUAAGAGGCGGGCAGAAUGUGUCUGUCUCUUUCUCCUCCUCUCCCUCUCCCUCUCUCUUUCUCUCUCUCUCUUUCUCUCGGCCGAUUUGAAGUAUAUAUUAUAUAUAUGUUCGAAUACGCGUAUACACAGAGAUGCGAGUAUGAUCGGUAGGUGAUGAUAGAUCGCGAGGCCGGUCUACUUGGACGGUGGUGAGGGUGGCGGGAGGGAGGAUAUUAAGGAAGAGAUCCAAAGAGGACUUAACCCAAUAAUCAAAUGAUGAUCUCAUUACGGAUAUAAAAUAAAGAGAAUUAAAAUAAAGUAGUGUGAUCACGGGAACGGGACGGAUCCCCUUCUUCUCUUUCGUUUCUCUCGAUCCUUCUUCUCUCUUUCCCCUCCCCUCUCUUUUCUUUCUCUCCGUAUUGCGAUUUUUGAUUCUUUUUUUUUGUUUUUUCCUUCUCGUUAUUUCUUCCCCCCGUUAAUCGUAAGGCAACCGUAUUUCCGUCCCGUUCUCGUCCCGGUAGGAAGUAUUUUUGACGUGGCUUGUAGAUAACGCGGUUACCUAGCCGAUACUAAGGCAAGGCAGAACUCUAUCUGGGAUAAAAAAGAGGAAAAAAGGAAAAGCGACAUCGCGCCAUGUCGUCUCGCGAACAACGAGGUUGCCAAGAUCCUCGGCAGCAAAAUGGUGGGAAGGGGAGGGGGAGGGGGAAAUGGAGAUUUCGUUUCGCGUGAUCUUAGGUAAUAAUCGAUCCAUCCAUCCGAGGAUCGAUCGAUUUUCGAAACGAAGUGAACGAUGAUCGUGGAUUAGAAUUCGCUAGACGCUCAUGGUUGAUUGUCGAUUCAUUUGUAAAUAGAAAGUAUUUCGAGGAGAAGAGUGUUUCUCUCUUUUUCUCUCUCUCUUUCUCUCUCUCACUCUCUCUUUCUCUCUUUCUCUCUCUCUCUUUCCCUCUCUCAGUAUGUACUCCAAAAGUAAAAGAACAAAAAAAAAUAUAUAUAUAUAUAUCUGAUACUACUGAGAAGAAGAACGAAAAGAGAAUAUAUUGUAGUAUAAGGAAAAGAGAAAGAAUUAAUUGCGCGAUUGAGCAGGUAGGGAAACGGGCGAGGACACGUAAAGUGAAGAGGGGAGCAACGUAUUGUAAUUAUAGAGGAUUUAACUAAAAUAAUUAAAAUUCAGUAAAUAAGUCGACGUUUAAUAAUUAAAGUAGAUAAUCGAUAGAUCGAGGAUCGCAGCAUCUUAAUUGGCUAGCUGCGAGUCCCGUGGACAGUUUUCGAAUGAUCUCCGGUAGCUUAGCUCUUAGUGGCGCCCUCCUCGAGGACGCCUUUCAUGACGCUGAGGGAUCGAGGGGUGUCUCGCACCCUUUGCUCCCUUUGCGCGUCACUUUUUUCUUUCUCAUCUUCCCUCUAUCUUUCGCACUUUCUUCUUCCUUCUUUUCUUCUUUUGCGCGGCUAUCUGUCUCUCGUGGUGAUGAUUAUGCCUUCUUUCUUUCUUUCCUUUAUGAUCGACAUUUGCGAUUUAUUUUAAAAGUUUCUCUUCCGAUUCUUUUUGUCAUUCAAUCUCUUCUUCCUCCUCUAUUCUAUUCUUCUUCCAUAUUCUAUUUCACUCUCUUCUCUAUCGUUAAUUAUAUCAUUUUGUUAUUCGUCGAUUCUCGCGAAUUACGUAUUCUUUAAACGAUAAUUACUUCUUUUUUUUUUUUUGAUCUCGUUAAUUAACAAUUAUAUAUUUAGGUCUUCGUUGUUUCGUCGUUCUCGCGAUUCUAUAGGCCAUGUCCCGCCAUAUAUUGGCGCGAACGCUCGUAGAAGUUGGAAUUAAUAAUUAAAGGAUAGUUAGUAUCCCUGGUCGAGACUCGAGAGCCUCGUGUUCCCUCGAGUGAGAUCUCGAACGGGAUGAAACCAAAAUCAUCAUAAGGCUGUCGAUACGAUAGUGUUUUCCCGUGGACCGUUCUAUCUGUCUCUCUAUCUGUCUCUAUCUCCCGAGUAAAGACUACUUCUUUUUUUUUUUUUUUAAUCAAUAUCAAUAUUUUUUAUUACGAUUAUUAUUAUUAUUAUUAUUAUUAUAUUAUAUUAUUAUUAUAUUAUUAUUAUUAUUAAUAUUAUUAUUAUUUUUUAUCAUUUGUUUGUUUGCCCUUUUCUCUUCCAUCUUAAAAAUUAACAGAUAAGAUUUCGAUUGACGUACUCCGUCGAAGUAUUCCAGUGUGUAGAAAAGCUAGUAGUAUUUAUUUAUAGGUAAUCGUGUAUUCAUAUAUGUCUAAAUAGGAUCUCGCGAGAUGAUAUUCUUUCGAGAUAAUGAAAUACUGCCAUUCGUCCUAAAGCUGAGAAAGGUGCGCGUGAGAAAGGUGUUGUUGUGUGUCGUCCUGAAUUAUAGAUAAGGGAAGAAAAAAAAAAUAUAUAUAUAUUAUAUACGAAGACGUUCAUCAGGAGUUCUGCCUGAACGAACGUUCCUUCUUGGGAGGCGUACGUACGUUAUUUUUCCUCUAUCGAGAAAAGUCGAUACGCCUUUUAAAGUGAAAGCGUGCGAAGAUAGAGUGUGAUGAUGAUAAUAAUGAUGAUGAUGAUGAUAAUUAUGAUGAUGAUUAUGAUGACGAUGAUGACGAUGAUGACGAUGAUAACGAUGAUAACGAUGAUUAUUUAGUUUCUCCGAAGGAGGAGUUCAGGAUCGGUACGAAUGAGGCAAGGUGAAGGCGAGGAUAACAUCCUCGUUUCCUCCUCAUCCGAUUGCACCGAUUCGAAUCGUUCCACGGACGAAAUCUAGAGUCUAGAUAGAGUCUCUUGAUGUUCGUAAAAAAAAAAAAAAAGAUAGUAACUUAAAUAUAGCGUAUUUUUCAUCGAUUUACUUCAUUCGCCAGAAAUAUGCGUUUCUGGGGAGGACAGAAAGUUCUGUGGCGAGCCGACCAUAUUCUUCUCUCGCCCCACUCCCCCUGUGAUGAUUUUCGUCCGAUGUGUGUGUGUUCGUUUGUUCUUCCUCUUCGGUUGAAUGAAUUUAUAUUUGAUAAUGAUAACGAUAAUACAGUUUGUGACAGUUUUGUGAUUUUUUUUUUUUUAAGUCGUAUCUUUUAAUCGUGUUCCGUUGAGAUCGAUAAAGACUUUUAUUAUCGUACCAAGUGAUAUUUCCACCAUAAUUUUCGCCUCCUCGUUCGAUGGGUUAACGUUUUACAAAAAAAACUCGGUGAGGUUCAGCAGCAAUUUAUCUCCAGUUUCUUCGUUUUUUUUUUUAUUUUUCCUUUUCCCUUUUCUUCUUCUUCUUCUUUUUUUUUCUCGUUUAUUCCAGAGUUUGUUCUUAAGUUCUUUGUCGAUCAGAGUUUUCUUCUCUCCUCUCUAUUUACCCGAGGAGGGGGUAAAUAAACGCGAGAGCGAGCAGGAUCGUCGUACAAUUGUGAUGUAAUAAGAUAGUAAUUGCCAUUGGCGCGAUGAGGGGGGAUGACAGGGCUCUCAUCGCGCUCGCGAAACCUUUUUUAUAUUAGCAUUCCGACCAAAGGAAAAGGAAGUAGAGUUCGAUCGUGUGCACGUAGUGAAACGCAAGAUAUUUUCUAUCGUUCUUUUUUUUUUUUCUUCAAUAUCUUUUCUUCAAUUUUUCUCCUCCCCUUUCGUCUCUUCGUAUAAAAAUGAGGCUUGAGCGAGGCCAUACUUACCGAAGUGGCUGUUAUACUUAACGAAAUUUCUCUUUUUCCCGUUCUUACCUUUCGUUCGUUGUUUUCUUCGUUGUUGUUAUUUUCUUCUUCUUCUUCUUCUUCUUCUACUUCUUCGUCGUUUUUACCUCUCGUCCUUUUCACGCGCAUUGCACUCAAUUAGACGUUGACGCGUGAAGAGGGGAAAAAUGGAAAAUAGAGCACCGAGAAACACGAACAAAUUUUUGCGCCCCUGUAUGAAACGUAGCCCCGUUGUAGGUUUAAGAGUCGAAAUAAAAAAGAGGAUUAAUUAGAAAUCGAGGGAAACGCGAUUAGAAAACGAAAUAGAAGCUAGAAUACUACUAUACCAAGUCGAGCAAACGAUAAUCAAGCACAUGGGAUUAAGAUAAAACGCAAAGACCACAGAAGAUUAAUAAGAGGAAUAAAUAAAUGAAUAAAUAAAAACGCAUGUACAUAGCCGCUUGUUCGUGGGGCCGUAAAGUACCAUAAUCGUCUACGAUUGCUAUAUCCCCCUUUUCUCUAUUCGUUCGUUUUCGUGUUUUCUUUUCUCUCUCUCUCUCUCUCUCUCUCUCUCUCUCUCUUUCUUUCUUUUUCUUUACAACUUUUGUUUCACUUACGGUAUUCUUCCCGCCAAUUUUUAUUUUAUUUUUAUUUUUUUUUACCUUCCUCUUUGGUUUCAAGUUUUAAACCAACGCUUUAGAGAAAUGAUAAAAACGAACCUCCUCUCCCCAUUAAGUAGGAGCAUUUUUACAUAGUAGCAUAGUAGUCAGCCAUAUUGAGAACGUAUUAAUUAUAUAAAUAAACAUGAAUAAAAAGUAUAUAUAUAUAUAUAUAUUAUAAUGGAAAACACUUAUAUAUAUAUAUAUAAAUAUAUAUAUAUUUUAAAUGGUAUAUUUGGAUAUAUAUAUUAUUAACGAAAUGCUAUUUCGAGGCGUACCGUUGCGAUAUGAAAAGAGAAAAAAGAGAAAUAUAAUGAUAGUCGUAUAUCUCGAAAGGGCGAGCUCGAAGGGAGGAUGAACGAUUGAGAAACAAAGAAAGGCAAAGGGUCGAAAAAAAAAAAGAAAAAGAAAAAGAAAAAAGAAACGAAGAGAAGAGGAGUAGGAAAACGGUGAUGUUUCUCGUUCGGAGAUGAUGAUUUUUUUUUUUAUUUUUUUUUUAUUAUUUUUUUUUAUUUUUUUUUUCCUUUGAGAUUGACGAAGAACGGAGAAUGACAGCCGAGGCUGGGACAUAAGCUGUAACUGUGACUAUUGUGGAUCGUGGGGGGCAGGCUGUAUCGCGAAUUUUUUCUUUCUCGACCUCGAUGACGUCCACCUCGUUCGAGCUUUUUUUUCCACUCGAACCGAGUUUCACAAAAGAACAAACUAAGAAACAAACAAACAGAAAAAAAAAACAAAAAAAAAGUCAAUUUCCUUUCUGUCUUGGGUCGUCAAAGAGAAUUAUUAAUUCCAAAGAGUUCAAACCGGAAAUCAAUCAUCUCCAAUGAUCGAAGGUAUAAACGAAAAAAGGCUAGGUUUAAUUGCCAAUGAAUUAUCCCGGCCAACCAAAUAGCAUAAGCAAUAAUAUCGAAGAGAACGAAAAGCAGCCCGCCCAUCCGAGAUCCCCGCGCGUCAAAGCGUCACUGUGAUCUCGUAAUUAUUAAUGAAAUAUCUGAUUAUUGUAACGAAUAAUCGCUAUGAAUAUUAUAAUGUACCCGUUCCCUUCUCCCCCUCCCAAUGUUCCCCCCAAAUGUUCCCUCCAUCGAGAGUAAGAGAGAGAAAGGCCCCCGUAAAUGGUGGAGGGAUCGCGUUUUCAAUUCUCGCAUCAAAGAGAGUCCUCUCGUUUUUUUAUUUUUUUUUAUCAUUAUUAUUAUCUCUCUUCGCUUCCACCAAACUCCUCUCACUUUCCUAAAUCCUUCAUUGUCCUCCCUAUCCUCGCGUUAUCUUUUUUAAAUGAAAUUAAUCGUAAUUUUUAAUCGUAAAAUUUUCCAAUGAUCUCUCGGUGGUGCGUUCGAAGUACUGGCAAACUGUUCUAAUCUCUCUAACGUUUUUUCUCUCUUCCAUUCUCUCUUUCUCUCUCUCUUUUUUUCUCUUUCUCUCUCUCGCUCUAUUCUUCUCGAUCGUGCCACCGAACUUUUCACUAUGAUCAAAGUGAGGAAACAGGAAAGGGAUGCCCGAAAGAGGGG